CUUCCAUAGGUCCGUUUGGCUGCUAUAGUGACGAACACAGCAACAGACGCUUAUGCAUGCGACAGUCGUGUGUUCACUGGAUUAAAAGAAAGCAAUAAUGUCUUUUAGAGACCUGAGAAAUUUUACAGAGAUGAUGCGAGCGCUUGGAUAUCCUCGUCUCAUCUCCAUGGAAAACUUCAGAUCUCCAAACUUUCCUUUAGUAACUGAAAUUCUCAUCUGGCUCGUGAAGAGAUAUGAACCUCAGAUGGAAAUUCCCAGUGACGUUGACACCGAAUCAGACAGGGUGUUUUUCAUCAAAGCUGUUGCCCAAUUUAUGGCCACCAAGGCUCAUGUGAAGCUGAAUCUUAAGCGUCUAUAUCAGGCAGAUGGUUACGCUGUCAAAGAGAUGCUGAAAAUCACCAGCAUCCUCUAUAAUGCCAUGAAAACCAAAGAGAACGCCAGUGGUGACCAAAACAAUGACGAAAACAGCAAGUUCAAGUUUGAUCUGGGGUCAAAGAUAGCUGAUUUAAAGGUGGCACGUCAGCUGGGAUCUGAAAUUACAGCAAAGGGAGCAGCUCUGUUUGACCUGCUGGGGCACGAAGAGGACCUGAGAGAGAGCAGGGCGGCUGCGAUAGCCCGACCGCUGGAGAUCACUGAGACAGAGAGAGCCCUGAGAGCGGCUGUCAAAGACGUUACGGAGAGCAUCCAAAUGACGAAGGAUCUGCUCAAUAACGUAUCGUCAGAUGAGGCCAGUCUGGAGGCCAAAAUCGAGAAGAAGAAACAGGACCUGGAGAGAAACCAGAAGCGUUUACAAACUCUACAGAGCGUGCGUCCAGCGUUUAUGGAUGAGUAUGAGAAGAUCGAGGAAGACUUGCAGAAACAGUACCAGACGUAUGUGGAGAAGUUCCGUAACCUCAGUUUCCUGGAGCAGCAGCUAGACGACUAUCACAGAGUCGAGCAGGAACGCUUCGAGGAAGCAGAAAUGGCAAUGAAAAUGAGACAAAACAAAUUAAAAGAGGAGGAGAAGAGACUCAUGAGGAGUGGAGCAAAAGAUGAAGACUCGGAUGUGGACAUACAAGAGGAUGAAGGAUCUGACAGCGACAUGGAUGACGGGCAGCAGCCCAGAUCACACCUCGCACGACACGCUCAGAUGUCAGGUCGAGGUGGGGCUCGAUUCAUUGGCAGCAUGAGAGGAGAAGACAGCGAAGAGCCCAGAGUAAAGGAACGAGCUCGUCUGUCCGGCAGCGGCCGGAAGCAAAAGAGGAGAAAGUCAGAGAACAGUGAGAUUGACGUAGACGAUGAUGAUGAAGAUGGUGAGGAAGAUGAGGAGGAAAACGAGGAUCUGGACGAAGACAAUGACAGUCUGGAGGGAUCCUCUGCCAAAGCCGGACGGUCAAAGCGAUCACUACACCCACAAAUCCUCGAGGAGAGCGACAAUGACUUUUAACAUGUAACUUGAUCAUGCAGUCGC